AUGAGAUAUAGAACGUCUGAUUUAGAAUUACACCAGAAUGAGAUAGAACUGUUUGAUUUAGAAUUGCACCAGAAUGAGAUAGAACUGUUUGAUUUAGAAUUGCACCAGAAUGAGAUAGAACUGUUUGAUUUAGAAUUGCACCAGAAUGAUAUAGAACUGUUUGAUUUAGAAUUGCACCAGAAUGAGAUAGAACUAUUUGAUUUAGAAUUGCACCAGAAUGAGAUAGAACUAUUUGAUUUAGAAUUGCACCAGAAUGAGAUAGAACUAUUUGAUUUAGAAUUGCACCAGAGUGAUAUAGAACUAUUUGAUUUAGAAUUGCACCAGAAUGAGAUAGAACUAUUUGAUUUAGAAUUGCACCAGAAUGAGAUAGAACUAUUUGAUUUAGAAUUGCACCAGAAUGAGAAAGAACUCUUUGAUUUAGAAUUGCACCAGAAUGAGAUAGAACAAUUUGAUUUAAAAUUGUACCAGAAUGAGAUAGAACUAUUUGAUUUAAAAUUGCACCAGAAUGAGAUAGAACUAUUUGAUUUAAAAUUGCACCAGAAUGAGAUAGAACUAUUUGAUUUAAAAUUGCACCAGAAUGAGAUAGAACUAUUUGAUUAG